CGUACUUGAAACGGAAAGAAAGGUCGAGAUGCAUUCGUGAAUCACGGAAGGCUUCUUUCUUGGAACUCAAGCAUGCAUGCAUGCAUGAUUCAUACGUGAUCAAAUCAACGGCGGAUUCGGCGUGGAAAACGCACUCCGAGGCGGACUCCUCGAGGGAUCCAACGGCCUCGAUCGCGUCCUGGGGCCCGGGCCUAUAUAAAGCGCGCGGCGCCCGCCACCGAGGCCAUCGAUCGAUCAAGCACCAACCAACCCCGCGAUCCAGUCGAGGAGGGGACGAGGGUUUAGGCGGCGGCGGAAACCCUAGCUAGCUCAUGGCCGCCGCAAUGCCCAAUCUCUUCGACCUUCUAGACCUCGCCGACGGCGAGUACGGCGCGGCCGCAGUGUCCGUCGUCGUCAGCAAGAAGAAGGCCGAGGCAGCCGCCGCGGAGGCCGCCGCCAAGGCCGAGGCGGCCGCAGCAAGGUCCGCCGCGAGGGCCAAGGCCGCCGCCACCAAGGCUGCAGCGCAGGCCCAGGCCGACCCCGAGGCGCGCCUGGCGGAGGACAAGUCGGGGGUGGAGGAGCCGGAGGCGGAGAAGGAGCCCGCGCCGAAGCAGAGCUACUACAACAUCCUGCAGAAGCAGUAUGUUAAAAGAAAAUUGACGGAGGAGCAAAUAAAAUUGACGGAGGAGCAAAUGAAUCUGUUGGAGGAGCAAAGGAAUCUGUUGGAGGAGCAAAGAAAAAUGCCUGAGGAGCAUGGAGGGAAUGGGAACAGCGAAGCUCGAAGAAAAUUGAGGGAGGAGCAAAGAAAAUUGAGUGAGAGACAAAAAAAAUUGAAGGAGGAGCAAAGAAAAUUGAAGGAGGAGCUAGGAGCGAAUGUGAACGACGAAGGAGGCCGUGGCAGAGAAUUGAAGGAGAAGCAAAAUAAUUUUUGGGAGGAGCAAAGUAAAUUUUGGGAGGAGGAAAGAAAAUUGUGGGAGGAGCAAGGAGGGAAUGGGAACGGAGGAGGCCGUGGCAGAGGGCAAGAGCCUGUUGAUGGGCGUCGAGGCAGCUUUCAGGGAGGAAGGUGGUAUGGCAACAACAAUUAUUAUAGUGGCAAUGGAAAUGGCCACAACAAUUAUCAUGGUGGCAAUGGCAAUGGCCACAACAAUUACAAGGGUAAUAGCAAUGGUGGUUACGGGCAGGACUACUAUGAGAACAAUGGCCCGUAUCUACAAGAGGUAUAUGGUGGUUACGGGCAGGACUACUAUGAGAACAAUGGUCCGUAUCAACAAGAGGUGUAUGGUGAUGAUCAGUACUACUCACAUAGAUAUGACGAGAGGCAGACAGAAGGUGGUGACUACUACAAUAAUGGUGAGAGGCAGGGGUACCGUGGGGGGCAGUUUAUAAGGCGCCAGUACAGGCCCAAAGAGAAGGCGGUUUCUGAUGCUGGUACAGAUGCUGACCACAAGCCUGAAGAAAAGGUGCAGAAAGCCGGUGCUGUUAAUGGUGAUGCUCUGCCUGCUUCUGAAUCAGAGAAGUCUACAGGGGAUGCUGGAAAAGAUGAUUCUAAGGCAGGAGAAGGUGGCGCUGAAAACAAGAAGAGAUUUAUUCCAAAGGUGAAGCUCAACGGCUCUGAGAAGAGGAAGCUAAAAAAGCAAGAUCCAAAGGUGGAUGGUUUUAAGAAAAAUACCGACAAUGAACUGGAGAAGGUGAAGAAGAAGGAUUCUGAGGUUGAUGGUUCGAAGAAACAGACUGACAAGAAAACAAAGACAGGUUAUCUUCAGGACGAAGAGAAAAAGGACAUGACCCUUACUGAAUACGAGAAGAUUCUUGGAGAGAAAAAGAAGUCUUCCGAGGGCGCAAAAACUGAGGUGAGGAGGAUCACUGCUGAAGAAUUUAAGGGUCUGCAGAUCUUGGAGAAAAAGAAGCUAGAUGAUGAGGAAGAUAGCAAGGCAGAAAAAGUUCAGCACAAGGGAAAGGAAGCUAGCAAGAAGGCAGGAAAUGUUCAGCCCAAGGGAAAUGCAGAGGAAAUUGAAGCUCGCAAGGCUACCAUCAUGAAUGAGUUGUUUGAGCAUGCUGACAGACGGGAGUACUUUCCUCGCCCACCAAGGCGUGAAGAUGGCUCUUCAAACGGUAACUACAGAGGUGACGGCGCUCCUGGUCGCUUCAAUGGUGGUUUCCGGGGCCGCAGCCGUGACAACAGCUCCGAAUCUAGGGGUUCUGGCCUUGGUGAUAAUGGCAGAGUAACCGAGAAUGACGCUGGGAACAACGGCACCGGCGCGCCAUGCGGUGGCUACUAUGGCCGCGGGGAUGGCCGCCGCGAUGAGUACAGGGGAAGGGGCAACGGUGGAUACCAGCAGUCAGGCUACAGUGACAGGGGCAACGGUGGAUACCAGCAGGGCGGGUACAAGGGCAGAUACCAAGAGCGCGAUGGCAAUGGUGGGUACAGUGGCCGUGGCAAUGGCAGAUUCCGGCAGAGGGGCUACUCGGAGCGUGGCGGCAACGGCCGCUACCCUUCUCGUGCCCAAAUCAACGUUGAAGAUCCGGUUAGCUUCCCGGCGCUGACUGGGACAUCAGCAGCAGUGGGGUCUGCGGCUCCAGCUCCGGCCCCGGCCUCCGCACCGGCUCAGGCUCAGAACUAGGUUCCAAUCUUAGUUUUGUUUUUUGCGAGGAUGUGAGGAGAGAAGAUAGGAGGAAAGCCGCGUUUUUUC